AUGAGAGGACAGGAAAUAGGCGUUGAGAGGAGACAUGGGAUGAGAGGACAGGAAGUAGGCGUAGAGAGGAGACUAAGGAUGAGAGGAGAGGAAGUAGGUAAAGAGAGGAGACGAGGAAAGAGAGGACGGGAAGUAGGCGUAGAGAGGAGACGUGGGAUGAGAGGACAGGAAAUAGGCGUUGAGAGGAGACGUGGGAUGAGAGGACAGAAAGUAGGCGUAGAGAGGAGACUAAGGAUGAGAGGACAGGAAGUAGGUAAAGAGAGGAGACGAGGGAAGAGAGGACAGGAAGUAGGUAUAGAAAGGAGACGUGGGAUGAUAGGACAGGAAGUAGGUAAAAAGAGGAGAUGA